UUAGAUUCAUAAUUGUUACAUAUUUGCCGUAACUUAUUUUUAAAAUGUGUUUUUCAAUUAAAAGACACAUCAAGAUUGUUUACCUAAUUUCUAAUGCUAAAAAAAACGAACUAUAGUGCGAAGCCGGUCGCUAGUUAUUUAAUAAAAUAUUAUAUUGUGAUUUUUAUAUUUUUCUUAUAAAAUUCACAAUUUCACUUCAACAAUUCUUCAUUUUUCUAUUAAUUCUCAGACUCCGGCACGGUUAGAAAGUUGGAAAAAGUCGUUAGGAAUUGCAUUAAAAGCAAAUGAUUAUAUUUGCCAUCUUCAUUUUAAAGAAGAAAAUAUAAAUAUGUACGAAAAGUUAACUAUUAAAGGAGAGCUCAAAUAUAUUCCUACACAAAGAAAAACGCUUAAGGAAGAAGCUGUGCCCACGAUUGAGCAUCAGUUUAUUCCCAUUCCCGAACAUGAACUCCAAGCCAAUACUAUUCACAUAGAGGAAUCUUUCGAACCAUACCCCAAUCAACCUAAGGACGAGCAGCAACAACAAAUCAAUGCCGAGCAACAGGAAUUAUCAGAAGAUCAAAAUGAUUCUAAUAAUUUAAUGGAUUAUGAAAUGAUACAACAGGACUUUGCGGAACCAUUGUUUAGUCAAUAUCAGGAUACUAAUGUAACAAUUAAUCCAAUAGAGAAUUUUAAAAGUAAGUUUCGGGCAUUUUCGUUGUUGCCGCCUUUUUGGCUACAUGCAGAAAAUCCUAAUGGGCUGGAAUUUAUGCGAAUGGAUCCAAAAACUCAGAAGAUUAAACAUCAUAUACGUUUAAACGAUGAUCUAACUGUCACUGUAAUUUUUCCCAAUAAUGAACAAUUGCCACUAAAGGAGAAAAUUAAUUCAUAUGACAACACCUACGAUUACUUAAAAUCGGUUGAAAGAUGGCCUUUGUGCGUUGGUACUCAGAUUGACGACAAUAAGUAAGUUUUGGUAGAUUGUUAACCAAGGGAUGAACGCAGUGAGAGUAUAGUCCGAGGCUAAAAUGAUGCCAUUCACCCGAGUUAAACACUCUACUUUUCAUUUCGAAUACGAGGAACCUAGCCCCAAAGCUUGUACUAUGGGUGUAGGCGAUAAUACAACUGUUUGCAGUCGUCUUAUGAAUAUAUAUACCAUAAUGUAACAGUUGUAUUUAAAAUAAAAGGAUAACUCGUAAGCCUAAUAACUUUGAUUUUAUUUAACAUUUUUGUCAUUAAAAAUAUUGUAUGUAACGGUACAUUAAAUAGGUCUUAAUUCUUGAACCUAUCCUAUUAAAACUCGACUUUUAUGUGUAUUUUAAGAACCCUUAUUAUGUAGGUACCUGUAGAUUAAAGCACUAUUUAUACAUAAACAAUGGUACAGGAGAAUAAUAAAAGAUAAAAACGAAUUUAUCUAAUAUAUAAUUACAUCAAUUUUCAGAUUUUGUAAAGGUGUGAUUAUUGGUGAUGAUACUUACGAAAGAAAUCAACAGUACCCAAGAUGUAAAUCUUGUCGAAUAUUACGAAAUCGUUUGCAGAACCGUAAUUCCACUUCAACUCUAUUACAAAAAAUGGCAGAAGCUAAACGGCGCGCUUCAAAUCUUGUACAUAAAUGCAAGCGUCUGAAGAGGACGGUAAGUCUUAUGCCGGCUACAUACGUAACGAUAAAUCGUUGCGAUAAAACUGUGCAGUCCGACUGUGCAGAUAAAUCGAACCGUGUGUAUGACAAAUCGUUACGAUAAUCGACAAUCGGACAAUCGGACUGCACAGUUUUAUCGCAACGAUUUAUCGUUACGUAUGUAGCCGGCAUUAAAGCCGUAACAGACUA